AUGCCCCCUCGAGCUUCAACCGCACUCUUUACGUCUGAAGAUGCCAAGGCUGCGUUAAAUAUCUUCUGUUGUGUCUGUGGAAUUGGUUCACUAGGAAUGCCAGCAAAUUUUGCUCGUGCUGGAUGGGUCUUUGCAACGAUUGCAUUGCUAUUCAUGGCGUUUGCUAAUAUUUACGCAUCAGUGGUGUUAUCUAAAGUUUUUCUUGUGGCACCUUCGACUGUCAAGACGUACAGUGACCUUGGAGAUUGGGUCGCGGGUACAUGGGGCCGUUUAGUAGUACUUGUCUCUCAAAUGGGUGUGUGUCUCUUACUCCCUUGUGCUUUUCUUGUUCUCGGUAGUACUCUUCUCGACGUGUUAUUUCCAGACUGCUUUAGUCAGUCAGUAUGGAUUAUUUUCAUGGCUGCUACAAUUAUUCCAGUAGCUCUCAUUCCGACUAUGAAAGAGAGCACAGGAAUGGCGAUAGCUGGCUGUCUUGGCACGAUCGUCGCCGAUAUUAUCGGACUAUCGAUUCUAGUAACGGAAAUGAAAGGACAUCCAUCCCCGCCUCCUGCUGCCGUGACAACCCAUCAGGUUAUCAAUACAUUUGGUAAUUUAUCCCUCGCAUACGCUGCUGCGACUGUAAUUCCAGAUCUUCAACGUCAGCAUUCACAGCCUGAGCGCAUGCCUCGGAUCAUCAUCGUCAGUCUCGGAAUUGCCUCAGCUUUCUUCUUUGCUGUUGCUAUUACUGGAUAUGUUUCGGGUGGAUGUCAAAUGUCAGGGAAUUUGCUCUUUUCAGUUGUCAACACGUCGGAUCCACUCGCUUUUACGGCUUUACACUUUGUUGCAGAUCGUGGUGCCAUUGUCAUGGCAUUCUUGUUCAUGCAAAUGCAUUUGUCUGUCGCCUUUACAACUAUGCUUCAUCCAGCGUUUUACAUGUUUGAACGAAUGAUCUUGGGCAUGCAUAAGGUCGAGUCAUUGCACAUCGAAGGUGAAGAAAAGUCGUCGUAUCUUAACGCACCAACUCCUGGCGAUCUAGAAAGCAAUCGACACCAUGGUUCACAGCGUCCAAUAUCAAGUCAACGAGGCUCCAGUCGUCCACGCUCGAGUCGUUUGUCUGGAUAUAAUAGAAUGGUUGCAGAAGAAGACAUGUCCGAGUAUACAGGUGGCGCCAAUGUUGUGCGAUAUAUUGGGUUACGAAUUGUACUAAUCAUCACGUUGGUCGUUGCUUCCCUUUUGCUACGUGACCAUUUCCUCGAUCUUGUUGACUUUACUGGUGCUUCAUUUAUUACACUAUCCAGUUUAUUAGCACCGCUUGUUUUCUACAUGAAAAUCUUUUGGAACAAGAUUCCGAUAUGGGAAAAGUUCAUGUGUGUAACAAUUGCUCUCGUUUGCUCCAUUGCUGGUAUCUACGUCAUGAUUUCUUCAGGACAAAACCUUUUUAGUCCCAGCCGCAACAGUGACGCGCCAAAUUUUCCAUACUGCUCUGUGGAAUUUCAAGAUGAUCCAUACUACGUCAGGAGCGAAGCACAAUAG